CCGUGGCAGUGUAGUGAAAUUAAUUAGAAUAAGAAAACCGUCGUAGUCAGGAUGCGACAUCGUUUAACCCGCUUCGUGUAAAGUGCUACCACCAACAACACCACCACACAACGCACGCCCCCGCUGAAAUUCUGUUUGUGCCUUCACCAGAAUCAUCACCCCCCUUUACUACUCUUUUAACUCAUUACUCUCUUGUUUCCACCAUCACCACCCACUCCUUUCUAGUACUAACGCUUUUCCUUCUUUUUCUAUUCAAACUCUCUCCACAACACACAAACGCACCCUCACCCUUUCUCUCUCUCUCUCUCUCUAACAUGGACCACCAGUACCGCCACGUCAUCAGUGCCGGAGCCAGCGAUCCCAUGCUCCGCACCUCCACUCUACGCACCACCACCUUCUCCUUCCCCCUAGCUCGCUACACCACGCGCCUCAUCGCAGCCGACCGCCGCCGCAUGCUCCUCGCUGACUGCGCUGACCGCCGAUCCGACGACGGCCUCGACGCUUCCGACGAUGACGAUGGCGGAGGAUGCGCGUACUCCAGGCCCGUCCUCGUGUUGGACUUGGUGUGGAACCUGGCUUUCGUCGUCGUGGCUGCCGGCGUGCUCCUCUCCACGCUCCGGGAGCGGCCGGCGACGCCACUGAGGCUGUGGCUCUGUGGCUACGCGUUCGAGUGCGUGCUCCAUAUUUGCUUCGUGUUCUUCGAGUAUCGCAGGAGAAUCGGGGAUCCUUCGCUGUCUCAGAGUCCGUACAGCAUCCUGAAGAGGUUAGAGCCGGUGAACACUCUGGCAUCAUCUGUCUGGUGGGUGUUUGGAUUUUAUUGGAUUGUUGUGGGCGGCCAAGCACUACUGGAAGAUUCUCCGCAACUUUACUGGUUAACAGUGGUGUUUCUAGCCUUUGAUGUAUUUUUUAUUAUCUUUUGCAUUGGGAUGGCAUGUAUAAUUUUCUUUGCUCUCUUUUGCCUUAUCCCAAUAAUAGCAUUAGCUUAUGCUAUAAGAAUCAGGGAAGGUGCAUCAGAAGAGGAUAUUAGGUCACUUCCUAAGUAUAGGUUUGGCCAAUCAAAUUUGUUAGUGUUGGUUGAUGACAACAAGCAGCAAAUUGAAAAAGCAGGAUCAGAUUCAUACAAUGAAAAUCAUAUCAGUGAACUUUUUCUCGAACCAGAUGAUUCUGAAUGCUGCAUCUGCCUAUCCCCUUAUGUUGAUGGAGCAGAACUGUAUCGCCUCCCCUGUACCCAUCAUUUCCACUGUGGAUGCAUCAGCCGCUGGCUCCGGACAAAAGCAACUUGCCCACUCUGCAAAUUCAAUAUCCUUAGAGGCGAUACGUUAGUCUAACUCCUUGAAAAUAAAAGAUUGGGGGAGAAACAUAGGUUGCAUUAUCAGCCGAAAAAGAGCAUGAUCCGAGGAGAACCAAAGCAUUUGCUAAUCCACUGACAAGUAGGUGACAAAAAAAAAAUAAUAAUAAUAAUAAAGAAAAAGAAAGGAAGAGGACGCUUAAUUUCCUUAGUUCAUCUUCUGAGCAUAAUUUCCUUAGUUCAUAGUGGGGUUUGUAUAUAUUGUAAGCCAUGUAGAGGGUUCCCCAUUACCAUGACCACCCCAUCAUAUGAUUUGUGCCUUUAAGUUCCUAUAAUAACAUUUUCUGUAUAGCAAUGCUUGUGUUGAGUAAUUUGGCAACAGUAAUUUGUCAUUUAGGGUUUUGGAGGGGGGAAAGGGAAACAUGAACUUUUAGAGUAAAUGAAAACUUGGGAUUUUGGAGUACACUAUUGGAUGUACUAAACACAUCUAUUUGAUUGUGAACAAAGGAAAGGAUCUUUUAGGAUUAA